AUAAAAAGAGAAAGUUGUCAUUGAUAAACGGCCAGCGAAUUGAAAGUAUCAGUAUUCUGUCUUUGUUGUAAUUACGCCAAGAAGUGAAAGUUAAACAAAGGCAGAAAUAUAGACCUUUUUAGGUGCCUGUGUGUGUGAUAAUUAUACGUUCUGGUAAUGUGAAUUUGUGAGUUAUUAGUAAAGCGUUUUGGGCUAUUCUGGUGCCAUACUCUAAUAGGAAAAUGUUGCUGUAUACUAUGUUUUUCAUAGUUUUCAUUGCACAUGUCUGUCACUCUUUUCCGCAUACCUCUACAUAUACGUUGCCAGAUGUUUAUGGUCCACCAGAUACCGAUUCGAAUCAACCACCAGAACAAAUUUUAGAACCUUUGGGAAAAUUAGGAGACGCAGUCGAUGCAAAGAUUGAUCAAGCUGUAAACGCAAAAGCCGUAAAUUUUGUAACUCCGUUUCCUCCUUCUGGACGAAAGAGUCCUGUGCUGGAAUCCGCUGCGAAAGAGUCCAUACCUAUUCAAGCCGAUAUUAAAUAUGGAAAUUUGCAACAGUUUGUUGCUGGUUUACUGAAUCCUAAGCCAUUACUCGAUAACAUACAAGAACACGAAAAGUAUGGAAAUGAUGGCGGAAAAGGAAGAGCUGUCGGAACAUUUUUAGUGGGUGCAUUUGAAGGUUUUUCCAAUGCCAUUAAUGCCGCCGUUGAUGUGCCAUUUAAAACAGCUAAGACGAUUGGUAAGAAACUCACUAAUUCUCUAAACCAAAUAGGAGGCAAACUUGUUGGAUUAGCAUGACAGUAUUAUGUUGUUGGAU